GCUAAAGUCAUUGAAACUAUGGCGGUUCGGGAGCUCGUCCGUUUCCAUGGCGGACAGAAAACGGCUCAGCUGGCAGAGUCGGUGUCCUCCAGCUGUCGGCUCCUGUGCGGACACCGGAGUGCUGCUGGGCCGCUUCGACGGACAGUCCAGGCUGCUGCUCCGAGCGCUGAUGUCCGGACUCUCCGGGGCACAGACGGCGCUGGCUGUCUUCCACAGACAGCAGCGGGCUGACCCUGAAUACACGCUGGUUAACUUCAUACUGACACUGUGCAGGGAGGAAGUCUCCCCGGAGAGCGAAGCUUUGUCACUUGCAGUUAAACCACUUGUGUGCCUGUUUCCACCCCUGUUUAAGCAAAACCUGCUGACCUUCCUCUGCUUGUUGCACUCCGCCGCCAUCCCUGGACCCACCGUCGGCCUGCUGCUCCAAUGUCUCCGUCAGGACAUCAGUCCAACCCCCUGGGUGAGAGCUCUGGGCAGACAGCUGGAGAGAAAACUGGAGCUGAGCCACAAGGAUCCUCUGUGCUCAGAGCAGUGCAGCCAGAAACUGAAGACGCUGUCGCAGCGUUUGGGAGCUUCUUGUGAGACCGGAGGUUGGGCCGACUGCUUUGACAGCCAGGCAGAGGAAUACGAGUCGCACGCUAGCCGUCAUUUAUCUGAGCCUGGGAGCCAACGGAAAAGACGGGCCAGUUUUGACCGUGCCGACGCAGACAGCGAGGAAACCGCUCAGGAGAGCAAAAGGAUGAAGAUGGACACGCGUGUCGACGAGCCAGUAGCCGCCGAAGAGGAAAACGUGAGGAUGGACACGGAAGGAGGAUCUGAAAGAACGGCUGGAGCUCCUGCAGACAGAGCGCAUGACGACCUACCUGAACACAUCAGGGGCUCUGUUCUUCACAUCAAGGAGUUGCUGGAAAGUCAGACUGAGUGGGACCAGAGCUCCACGGAUGUGUUCCAAGUGUUAAAUGAAUGCGAUCCAAGCCAGGUGGAGAUGUUGUGCGAGACGCUGAAUUUUCCCACCUUACCCGAACAUACACUGCCUAAGCUGUGCAACAGCAUUCUGUCCCUCUCUCCUGACCUGAGCUACAGCGCUGCAGCGUCCCUCGUUAGGAGCAUCCUGCUGACGAAGGUCUCGUCUCUGUCGGAGCCGGCCUCCCGGUGUCUGGUAACGGCGGUAACGUCUCUGUGCAGCCGCUAUCCUAGACCGAUGUGCCACGCUGUAAUCGAACCCGUGCUGGUGGACGGCAACAUAGGCCCUGCUCAGACAGAGCUGCUCAACAGACUGAUAGAAAGCUGUUUGGAUUUCCACUACAGACUGCUGGUGCUCCAAAUGACCUUCAGGAUUGCUUGGAACGAAGCAGUGCUCUCUGUUAUCCACAGCUUGCUCGACUCUAAGCUUGUCUUGAAUGAAGAAGUUUUCGCACAGUUCACUGAACAGCUUGUCAGCCAGGGACCUCCGUUCACCAAAUCUGUGAAAUUUGCCAAAAUGAUGUUAACAGUUCUCACUAAAUACAGCAGUCAUGUGACUGCUGCGCAGAAACACUCCCUGACGUGCUGCCUGAAUUUAAAUGAGACUUUCCUGAAGAAACCACUUCAAGCUGCUUUAAAACGAAUCCCAGACACAUGAUUCAAGAUUUGUUAUUACAUGUUAAUGUUAAUAAAGACAAAAAGAAAGU